UAUAUGCGUUUGACCUAUUUUUAAAGAGAGGCACACCGAUUUUAUUAAAUAUGUUCACUUAACAUGGAAACUAUGUCCACACCGUGUACUGGGUAAGCCUUGGGUCUCUCAAAAACAACCCCAAAUCAACGGAUUUACCUAGGAGAACGCAGGAGCGGAGGAUAUCGCUAAAUAUUACGGAGCUUUAAGGAUCGGAGAGUCCCUGACACAUGGUUAACGUGGAGUUAUAAUGGAAACGUAGCGGCUAGACUACGGAUACCCCUAAGUCAGCUGUAGCAGCGGUGUGGGGGUGUACACACCGACCCCGAGUGAAACAGGGAUGGGGAGGAGCUAUGAUCAGGAAUACAGGGGAUCGCCAUUAUGACAUCUGCCUCAGAGGAGUACUACCAGCCGGGCGAACAUCCAUUCUACAUUCGCCGCAGCUUUCUAUUGGAACGGGAGCCGCUACCGCAUCGGAGCGCCAACAACAAGAAAUUUUACACAGCCGUCGGGCACAGGCGUAACCGUAAUGGCGGACGUCGCCAUCUUGGAGGGGAUGGCAAUACGUCAGGGCCUAACACAAUCUCCGCUGGAACGGGAUUCCAUCCCGACGUCAGGGAUAUAUUUGCAACGCUACCGCGGAGUUCGGGAUUUUAUCACAAACCUAAUGGGCACGUGGUGCGAGACAACGCGGCUUUUGAGCCUGACGUACAGUCACGAGGGGAAAGCGGGCUGGCAGAUGAUUCGCCAGCCUCGUCUUCGUCCCGAGGAAAAACUAGUCACGAGAACAUUCAAGCCGCUGGGCUGGUUCGUAGUCGUAGCCUGCACAGUGACAGGGGCUUGCGACGGCAAUCAGACGCUGAAGACGUAGCGUCCGCCGGAGAUCAGGCCACCGCUUCGCAGAGCCGCGGGGAGCGAGGCUCUACGGGCGAGACAAACUCGGACUCUCACUCCAGUACAGACAGCACGGGAGGACAGCUCCCAAAUCCUGACGCGAAACCUCUAAACAGGUUACACAGGCAGAAUUACCCGUCGUUUCUCUCAGAGACAGUUAGCAGAGAGAAGUUUGCUCGACAAUAUGGUCCCUUUCAAGAGUAUCGUCUACCUCAGCUCACGCGCUCCAGUAAGGACUUGUUCAGGAGGAGAGAUGAAGAAGAGGAGUACGCCCCCAACGGACGCCGUCUCGGGAGCAUUACCACAUGGGAGGGAAAAUUCUCUGUUUUGCAGGACGAGCCACCCUUUAAGUGGCGGAACGUAAGCGCAGGACCCGCUUUUAACCCCCACCGACCUCAGCCAGCGUCUGAGAACUUUUAUUUAGGUAAAAAGCGGUAUCCCGACGUGCGGGAGAUUUUCACUAACACGUGGGUUGACGACAGUCGGCGCAGGACCAUUGCAAAGAAAUUGUCCUAUUUUAGCAAUUCUGAUUCUAGUCUGGAGUCUUUAUCGGAUCCUUUCGAAAACUUCGGUGCUGCCACCUUUCCGAAAGCCUCCAAACCCCGGUCACAAGAAGUGUCGCAAUCAGCAGAUCACAAAAGUGAAAGUUCUAGUAGUGUUAGCGAGGAUGUCUUUAUUCCUUACCCACAUUCAGCAUCACUGAAUAGAAACAAUUCCCAAUCUCCUUGGAUACAUGCUGAUGUCACUGAUAACAUGACGUCAAUCCCGUUUAAUGUGACGUCAAUCAGUCACAAUGAUAUGCCGGAAGUAGUCGAUGAUGAUGUGUCUGCGCAUGCGGACUCGCGUCUUAGCACAAACAUUCGAAACAAGGAAAGUGGUGACUUCGAAAGGAACUACUAUUACAAACCUAUCAGUAUUACGCAGUCCCCAGGUGGAUCUUUACAAGCAGGUGCUUUUCAUCCAGUUGUUUCUUUUUCGUAUGACGAUGACGGAAGUGCGCAUGUGCAGAUCAACACGCCACCGCGCAGACGACAUAGAAUUUUUGGCUCAGGAGAACCUAAUGAAAUUAAAUUUCGAAGGAAAAGAUUCUCGAAAAAGAAAUUAGUGUCUGCAAUUUUGUGUGGAACAUUUUUAUUUUUAUUAGCAUCCAUCCUUGUUAUGGUGUAUUUGCUGACGUUACCUGCUAAAGUACCAGCCGAUAUACCGUCUACAACCACUGCCACAACGAGGCCACUGCCAACAGUGCCACCUAUCGUCACGACAACAGCCCUACCGAACACGACAGAAAUUAUCAUAGGCUUUAACGGAUCUGUCCGGAUAGUCAAUAUCCAGUAUACGCCGGAGCUGGAAAAUAAGGAUACCAUACAGUACAAGGAGAGGUCUCGAGAGUUCUGUUCUACGGUGGACGAUGCCUAUUUGUCCAGCGACCUGCAGGACUCCUACCAGAGCUGCGUGGUGACAAAGUUUGGGUGGGUACCCUGGCCACGCGGUACUAUCUGCGUAAACCAUCAUUACAUUAGAAUAGGCGUGGUUAACUUCUCGCUUCCUUGGCACAACGACGAUACAGGGGGGGACAAAAAAGUUACCACUGCUAUUUCAAUAAAAUGAAAGGUAGCACUUCAGUUGGACUUUAUCAUAAACCUACCAUUAGACACAAUGAAUAAGCUAGGUUACAUACAUGCAAUCGGGUCUUCCAUGUACUCGUCCGCACGCGCAUUGGCCUACACCAACGCUAACAUGUUAACACACGAACAGACACACAGGCAUUUUUGCACAAAAUAUUUUGCAAAGAUUAAAAAUUUUUUUGACGCCCUGUACUAUCCAGACAAUCUGAAGAUGUCAUCGCUGAGGCUCGCUGUUAUGCAAAUACAAGUCUGGCCGCAAGCAAAUUUGCGGUUUUCCUUUAGAAAAUGACUUCUGACUAAAAGAAAACCUCGAAUGUAAUUAGGGGCUUUAAGGUGUCAAAAAGUGAUGUAGCGUUACUCGUAAAUUAGUGUUUACCGGUGUUUUUCUUAUCUGCUAUUCAUGUUUCUCCUUGAAAGUUUGUAAAUGGUAUUGUAUUUGUUUCCACAAAAUUCGCGCACAUUUGUUAUCGUGUUAUCGUGUAUCAGUUAUUGCUGUGGGCAAAACUUGUAUUAAGACUUGGACAAACAAACUUUUUCCUUCUACAUACACUUUGGUUAAAAAUGUCACAUCUACGAAAUUAAUAAUUGUUUCAGAAUGUUCAAAAAUAUAUCUGUCAAAUUAUUUAAUCGAGCUGGAAGGUAUGGACAGGAAUUGGCAUAAAUAUGAACACUUAUAUCUUUAAGUGCAACAUUCUUCCAGUAAUUUAUCUAAGACAAAAACGGAUUGUCCUUGGGUAGGUGACCCAACCACAUAGGACACAAGUAGCUGGUUACAUCGUUGCUGCAUAAUUAUAAAUCAAAAGCAAAAGCCAAAUUAUUGCUUUGUUAUUGUCAACAUUUUAGGUUUAUUCUGAAAUAAAGAAGUCCAGACUUUAAAACAAAGGAACCACUUUUCCGUCACCUAAACAAUGACUUACAAGAAACUGACAGCAAAUUGAGUUGUGAUAAGUUGUACCUUCAUUGUGCAAAACCGAUCUAUAGAUCCGUUGAAAAGAAUUCUCUUCAUAAAAAUAACGUCCCUUCAUAUUUGUCGUCUUUACCAGGAAACACUGAAUUUCGCCACGCCUUAUUGUGCAGUGUUUAUGUUACAAAUUGUCGAACAGUAUAUUUAUAGUCGGCAGUAUAUUUAAGCAUUGUAAUCUUCAUUUUUGCGUGUCUGUUCUGCAAGUAAUACUUUUAAAUCUUCAUAUCUCGCGUGACAUCUGUACUUUUGCAAUUGUCACUUGAUAUAUUUUCCUAUGUCUUAAUUACAAAAAUGUGUGAUGAAUUUUUCUUUAUGCUGUGGUCGUGAGCACUGACCGCCUGUGGAGUUCUGGACUUCGUUGACCAUUGUCCAAAUGUCUAAGAAUGUGUGACACU